GAUAAAAGAACGUUUCAAUCAAUCCCACAUCGACAGCACUACACCAAUGCCUGCUGGUUCCCUACACAUUCAUUCCAACAAAAUGACCUCUAUGCCCAUCAGUGUCCCAACGUGAAGUCACCAUCUUAGGCCUCGUUCCUUCAGACCCUCUGUUCUCCCCUCUCAAUUUCUCUCAUUUCACCAACUCCUUUCAUCUCCUCCUUCAGGUCCAAAUUCAUUCUCAAAAAGUUGAUGGCUGAUUCUGAUUCUUCUGCCUUUUUUUAAUCUGGGUUCGCCUGUGAAGGGAAGAAGACCAAUCUUGAAAUUUUUCAAAAAGAAAAUUUUCCGCAAAGAUGGAUCGUUUUGGUCUGUUGUUUUGUUGCUAAUUUGUAUGUAUCCUUUUUAGUAGCACAGGGGGAGGAGGAGCAAAAUGCGAAGUAAAAUCCAAAACUGUCACUAUUUUCUCUCUUGAUUUUCUCUGUUCAAGUCCGUCUUCUCAAAAAAUCGGGAGGUCCAGAGCUGAAAAGUUAAAAAAAAAAAAGUGAACAGAGCGGAAUCCAUCUAUCUUUCUAUAUCCCUGUGCGUUGUAAAUGGCUGUUUAUAGUCUGAUAAUCUUGAGCCUGCUAAGUGUUCUCCCUCUUGCAUCAUCAGAUCCAGGCGACGAAGCCUGUCUAACCCAUCUAAGCCAGUCCUUAAAAGACCCAUAUAAGAACCUUCAAAACUGGACCAACUCAACCUUCUCAAAUCCUUGCAAUGGCUUCACUUCUUAUCUCCCAGGUGCCACCUGCAACAAUGGCCGCAUCUAUAAACUCUCUCUCACCAACCUCUCUCUUCAAGGCUCAAUCUCUCCCUAUCUCUCCAAUUGCACCAACCUUCAAUCUCUUGACCUUUCUUCUAACGCUCUCACGGGCUCCAUUCCCCCAGAUUUACAGGCCUUGGUCAACCUUGCUGUACUCAAUCUAUCAGCCAAUCGUUUAGAAGGAGAGAUCCCUCCUCAGCUCACAUUAUGUGCCUACUUAAACAUUAUUGAUCUUCAUGACAACUUGCUUACGGGCCAAAUUCCUCAGGAGCUUGGAAAUCUUCUUCGUUUGUCAUCUUUUGAUGUGUCCAACAAUAGAUUAUCUGGGCCAAUACCGCCGUUGUUAGGGAAUAAAAGUGGGAACUCUCCCAGGUUUAAUGCCAGUUCGUUUGAAGGAAAUAAGGGUCUUUAUGGAUACCCUUUACCCCCAUUAAAAAGCAACGGCUUGUCGAUUUUGGCCAUCGUUGGAAUCGGUUUGGGAACUGGGUUUGCAAGCUUGGUGCUCAGUUUCACCGGAGUAUGCAUUUGGUUGAAGAUUACUGAACAGAAGGUGGCUCUUGAAGAAGGCAAAAUCAGUCAACAUAUGCCUGAUUAUUGAAGUUCUCUUAUAUCUUGACAAUUUAUUUCAGGUAUGUCAAAAAUCUCAAUGUGACUCAAGAUUAUUGAGCUCAAAGCUACAAAAUUUUAGGUUCCUUCUUUAUAAUAUUUAAUCUGCAACAAUCAAAAACAGUGUAAAAAUGAAGUUAUAGCAUCAUCUCAUAGGCAAUAGGCUUUUUUCUUUUCCAGACCAUAGUUGAGCAGUAUACGUUUUGAUCCAGAGGUUGUAGGCUUCUUUGUUUGUUUCUGCAAUAGUUUAAUUGAAGCUGGUGAUAUUUAAUACUUAUUCCUGGCCUCUGCGAUGUGCCCA